AUGUUUAUUCCUGACCUACAAGCUGUUACUGCCCGCUUCGCGCUAGGUUGCGGGUCUGACAGUGACAGUAUCCAGUUAUUCAGUCGCCACCUACUAAUGUAUUCUUUCAUGGGAAGUAGCCAGUGUGGUGGAAGCCUCGGAACUUGGCUUCAUCACUUGUGGAGUCUUUUUGUGGAUUGGAUUUCUCAACCGCAGGUUAAGAUUUACAUCAUCACAUGGGCUAUCACAUUCACGAUUGUGUGUAUUAUCAUCUUGGGUUUGGGCUUUGGCCCUGCUGGAGUUGGUGCAGGCACACUCGCUGCUGCUUUCCAGUCAUCUAUGUAUAGUGGCUUCACCCCGGCGAGUGGAUUAUUCGCGACACUGACGAGCAUGGGAAUGCUGGGAAUAAUGAUGCCCUGGGCUGUUGGCAUUGCUGGUCUUGUUGCUACAUUGGUCACGGGCACUGCUUGGGCCUUUGGAGCGGCUCGGUGAGGGCAAACGGUCUUGAUAACU